UGUUGGUUUGGUUUUGAUUGUCUUUCUGUCACAUUUAUUGUCAAAUUGUCAUAAAUCUAAGAAUGAAUUGGUCUUGUUUUCGUGAAUUAGUGUAAUUGCGUAAAUUUUUCUUUGCAAAAUUACCCUCUCCUUCUAGUGAUAGAAAUAAAUUUGUUCGAUCGAGCACCCUGAUAGGGUUGAUCGAUUAAACUAGCCUACAUGAAAACAAUCCCAAGAAGUCUAUUGUGCAAAACGCUAGUCUGACCCCGAAGUUGUGAUGGAAAUGAUCUGCAGCUCGACCUCAAGACGCAAAAAAUCAGCAGUCGAAGGCUACAAAUGAAAUAGCGCAGAUCGCGACCGUGUGAAGUUGUUCGGACUGGUGGAUCGGUGAUCACUGGUCGUGGUUAAUCUGAGCGUGACGGUGUCAUGAGCACAAACAACAAGAGGCGCGGAGGAGCUAGCGGUUCCGGUUGUGCAGUGGCAGGCGUCCCCGCGCUGGGCGGCGUGCCCACGGCCAUGUCGGCCGACCUGGCGUCGCUGUUCGAGUGCCCCGUGUGCUUCGACUAUGUGCUGCCGCCCAUCCUGCAGUGCCAGAGCGGGCACCUGGUGUGCUCCAGCUGCCGGCCCAAGCUGUCGUGCUGCCCCACGUGCCGCGGCCCGCUCGGCAACAUCCGCAACCUCGCCAUGGAGAAGGUGGCCAGCAAUGUCAUGUUCCCCUGCAAGCACUCCAACACGGGCUGCACCGUCACCCUCGUGCACACUGAGAAGGCCGAGCACGAGGAGGCCUGCGAGUUCCGACCCUACUCCUGCCCUUGCCCCGGCGCCUCCUGCAAGUGGCAGGGUGGUCUCGACCAGGUAAUGCCCCAUCUGAUGAUGUCUCACAAGAGCAUCACCACCCUACAAGGAGAAGACAUUGUGUUCCUGGCGACGGACAUCAACCUGCCCGGCGCAGUGGACUGGGUCAUGAUGCAGUCCUGCUUCAACCAUCACUUCAUGCUGGUGCUGGAGAAGCAGGAGAAAUUUGAUGGACAUCAGCAGUUCUUUGCCAUUGUUCAGCUUAUAGGAUCUCGAAAGGAAGCAGAAAACUUUGCAUACAGAUUGGAGUUGAACGGCCACAGGCGACGCCUCACAUGGGAAGCCAUGCCUCGCUCCAUACAUGAAGGAGUUUCUUCUGCUAUUAUGAAUUCCGAUUGCUUGGUGUUUGACACAUCCCUAGCUCAACUGUUUGCUGAUAACGGCAACCUCGGUAUCAAUGUCACAAUCUCUAUUGCCUAGGGCAGACUGAGCUUGUACCCGUCCUAUUGAAUCACACACUAUUAUAAUGGUUAUUAGGCUAGCUAUCUCUAGCAAAGGUGAGUGGUAUUCAUUCAUUGGUAAAGGUUAGAUUGGCUUUGCAUACAAUCUUGAUCCAUUAUCAAGCAUCACCUAUAGGCUUACAUGAACUUACAUCACUAAUACACUAAUGUAGAUGAUGGGAUGUGUAUAGUGUGUAAUGUCUGCCAUCUGAUAAGGUGCAGGAGGAUCAAAGAGAUGGAAUAAUUGUAACAAAAAAAUAGAAUUUUAAGGAUGCCAAAGCUUAAUGAUCAUUCAUAAAAUAUAUUAACCAUUUACUUUUAGUAUUUAAAUUCCAAUAUUGUGUAUGAGGAUAAUAGGAUUAUGGUACAAGCCUUCAAUAGUUUAUGGUACAAAUAAUAUAAAUUCAUAAUUUGUGAAUGAUUGAAUCAUAUAACUGAUAAAACUAUUUCUAAGUAUGUUCAUGAAAAUAAACUCCUUCAGUGAAUAUAAAGGGUUUGAUUGUACAUACGAGUUGAAUCAAAUCAGUACUAUAACUGGCAAUGGCACCGGAUUACUCUAUCAGAUCACUGGCAAGAUGUUGAUACUGGACAAAUAUCUACAUGGGAGUAAACUGCAUGAUCUCAUUGUCAACCUAUUGCUAUCUGAAGCUGUCAGAUAAAAACAAGCCAAAAACACUUAACACAAAUAGGACUGUAAAUAUCAAAAGGUGUGUUCAUUUCUUUAGUUUAGGUAGAGGAUUGGAAAUAUGAGUGCAUUGAAUUGCCUCUAUUUAGAUAUAUGAAAAAUAUUGCUAUUUGGUGACUUAUAUUAGCUGCAACAUAAUAUUGUAAAAAGUGAUAGUUUAAUUCCAAAUAUUGAACAAAUUUGUAUUAAUUUAAUAACUUCUAUUAGUUACUUGCAUGACAUUAUGGUGUAAAGACCUUGUACUUGGUUGUAUCUGUGCUCACGCCAGGGGCUAGUGCCUGGUUGAAUCUGUUUUAUGCCUGGAUGAACCUGGCUAGUGUAUGGUCAGACUUCAGCUACUCCAAUAUGUUUGUAAAUUAAGAAUAUGUUUGAUUGGACUACUCCUGCUGUAGGCCAAGCUUCAUUUCAGCAGGGCAACAAAACUGCCAAUACAGUGAUAAUGCUAACAUUAUGUUUACAGAGAUAUAAAAUAUGACCAUAACAUUAAAAUAUACUUACUGCUAUAAUAUCCAAUAUUGUGUAGUUGGUUCAAUAUUUAUUCAAAGAAAUUGUAUAGUAAGUAUGUAACAUUGAAAAAUAUAAGGUACCAACCUUUUACCAGAUAUGAUAACCCCUUUAGUUUAAUACUUACUAUUUUAUUGGUACAUUACUCUGUUGUUUUGUUAGAUUAGUAAUGACAUUUUACUUUUACCAUUUCUAUUUGCCCAUGUUACUUAAUAAUUAUUUUGUAAAUCUUAAUUUUAUAGUUAAGUUUUAAGACAACUUUGUACUGAAAUCAUUUGUCUUAUCUUUCUUUCUGUAACGAAGCUGGUAAAAGAUUAUGAAGAUUAUAGUUUGAAUAAAUUUUUGUAACGUAAUAA